AUGAAACAGCGUGAAGUUCUAUUAUUAAAGAAUCCAGUAUUUUUGGCAGCAAUUUUCCUUGAUCCACGGUAUCAACGCAUGUUAAAUGGAACUGACAAAAAUACUGGAACUAAUCAUUUAGUUAAAACAUGGAAGUGUAUGAUUCAGAUACUAGAUGAUGUUUGUCAAACUGAUGAUGUCAAUAAUUCAGCUACAACCAAUAUUAGUGUUAAUUCUCCUGAUAACACUACAGAAACAACUGAUGAUGGAUUUGAAUUGUUUUUGUCAUCACAAUCAUCUGUUUCAAGUAAUCACAGUGACACAAAUAUCUCAAAUGAUAUACCUAUUCAUUACCUUGCAUAA